GGCAGACAUCGACGAGAUGGUCACAAGCAUGAUGUCUGACGAGUUCCAGACUGCGUACCAGCGUGAGUCCUCCUGAGCAGCAGGCGAGCUGCUCCGGCUGAUGGGAGCCAUGCAGGUGUUGUGGCGAUCAAGACGGACAAAGGUCUUGCUUUGCAGGAUAUCAUCGCGGGAUUGGGAGAGGCGCUGUCCGGGCUGGACAUGCCUCCCCAUGCGCGAAUCUAUCUCCUCGACCAUCUUGCACAAAUCGAGUGCGUAAAAGCCUUUGCCUACCGCAGAAAAUCGCUGAGGAAUCUCGUGCAGACAUCGCCUGAGUACGGGAGGGAGCGAGAAGCUACAGAUGACCGCCUUGCUCGGCGCUUUCCAGAACGCGGUCGAGCUGAGUUCGCGAGAAAAGUAGUUCGCGCCUUUAAUGCAAGACAGAGCCUGCUUGUAUGAGUCACGAAAUCUGCGCCUGACCGAGGGUGUGUGAUGCUGCAUGCGUAGAACAGCAUUGGCGAGUCGACUGAGCAGCUUCUCAGCCUCACAGCUGCCGCCAGCCUUCUUGCUACCCUUGCCCUCUUUGUGCCAUGCCACACGCUAUCGACAGUCGGCCCGUGAUCCUGUCGAGCUCAGCCGGGGAAGCUCACGAGUUCUGCAUAGCUCGCAUAGUGACAAUGAUUUGACGGGCCAUGUUCAAGAUCGUCAAAGCGAGUCUAGCGCUCGUGCGAGCCUCCGACUUGCCCUCGCAGAAUCUGGUCGACAUGAACUCGCAACGUUGGCCAGAGCAUUACCAUACGGCCGCAAUGCAUGGCCAGACGACGAAUGGAUCUACCCAUCCGUUGCGGAUGCAGACGACAUGUCCAUCCGAGCCUUGUCCGCUUUGCUCAAGAUCCUGUAUGCAAGCACGAGCGAUCUUUACAAGUCGGUCCGACGGAUUGAAGACAUCUGGUCAGCCAAGACGCUAGAGACACCGGAGAACCAAGAGCAGAGUCGUAUGCUUGCUCAUGCAGCUCGGACGCCCCAGCCAAGACUGGUCAACGAGCUCUCGGGGCGUUUGCCAAUCUUUCACAGACCGAGACACCUGACAGAUUGGACGAUUCAUCUCAAGGUCCUCACGCUGCCCGUCACACCCUCUGGUGUCAUACCGAGAACGAGGAGGAUCGCACAGAUGUUGAAGCAGAUGCUGAAGGAUGAAAUCCAAGUGGAUGCCGUCUUUUGUCAGACGCUUGCCAAUGGCCUGGCCGUCCAGAUCGAUCUCCUCUUGCGUACAAAGCCGAAGCCUACCCACAUCGUCUUUGCAAAGAUGUGUCACGAUCUCAUGCCUGUACUUGUCUUUGCGGACACUCCCAACGCGCCACGUACAGACGGACAAACUCGCGUAGGGUUUAAGAAUCUGCUAGCUGCUCUUGAUUCGGAAACGGCAGAGGCGCAAGCGAGGAUGCAAAGUGUGCAGAAGGAACGCAAGAUCGUGCCCAGUCAGAACGUCCUCACAGAGACCGCCCGGAGACUUGCACAGUCCUGUCGCAUGGAGCUAGACAAACAUUAUGCCGAUUCUGCACUGCCAUUACUGAAGAAGCUCAGCAAGGUCAUACAUGGCGAGAAGGAUCGUCUUGGUUCGGAAGAGGAAGAGGCCAACUUCAAGUCAAUGAUCGCAGUGUAUCAUAGCUGUUUGCGCCGCGCCUUUCUUCUGUCUGCCUCGCCAAUUGAGAAGGCUCAGGAGCAUUUUCGCAUCAAGGCCGACCUGUUCAGACGCAGCUGCGAGCGCCUGAUGCCUCACCUCUCCGUACAUACCGUGCGGGCGUCUCUGUACGGUCUGGCAAAACAUUCUCCGAGCUGGCAAGCGUACGCGGAUCACCUCAAGCAGUGUGCAGACUGGUCGCGUAGUCUUCCCGAAGGCCAUCGCACGGUCUUCAUCCAGUCUGAACACCCCGACCUGGCGCCAAUAUUGAAAAUGGCACUAGGUGCACCGGUCGAGGACGAGGAACUGGCGACGAGGUUACGAUACUGUCUCAACGUCUUGACCGUGCUCGGCUUGUCGCCUCGUUACAACGUCUAUGACGGCUCAAUCGUUUCGGUCUUGGAUCAAGCGGAUCUGACCUCACAUCUGAGACGGGUGACUGCUCAGCAGACUCUACGGCUCGUCUGCCUUGAACCGCGAGGCGGCCAAUGAUGUUGUAUUACGUAAUGAUUUUUCGCGACUUACAAAGUGCAGCUUUCCCCAGAUUUUUCCAGCACGCGAGAGUUUGGGCGAGAGCGUCGAGCGAGGCCAGUGAGCGAUCAUGAGACGCGGAGGAGGUCACCACAGCACUGGGGCGAGAUCUGUCAGAUUGCUGUAUCACUGGGCAAGGUUCGUCUGUGAUCUUCACCCAUCUUCGUCCUCAUGCUGACGCUCGGACACAGACUUUGGCGACUCUCUGGCGGCCCUCUGGUCAACCCCUUGUCGACACUGGCGAUACUCUCAGCCCUUCUCAGCCUCGUCAGCCGUCCGCUCGAGCCCGACCACAAGAUCUGUCGCUUCCAGCCUUUGGUGCUGGCUCAUCGGCAACUGUCUCGAGCGGUCUGCUCGCCCUACCUCUAGCCCCUAGAAUAUACUGCUGCCUAGCGAGUU